AACCCCCCACCACCCCCGCAGCCUUUAUUCGCCAGCACACCACCCCUGUGACCCUGUUCCAGCGCUUCCACUCCCCCAUCUCUCUCUACGCGCUCGCCACGCGCCGCACCAACGCCGCGAGCGCCACAUGGCUCCCGCCACGGCCGCCGCCGCGUUUACUAGCCUCCUCCCCGCCGGCGCCUCGCGGCUCCCCUCGGCCGCCGGCGCCGGAGCGGCGGCCUCCUUCGUGCGGCUCCCGCGGCACCCGACGGGCUGGGCUGGGGCCUCCGUCGCGGCGCCGCGGACGGCGCGCAGGCGGGCGCCCGGGAUCGCCUACGCCACCGCCGCCACCGAGAAGAGCAUCUACGACUACACCGUUAAGGACAUUGAUGGAAAAGAUGUUCCUCUUAAAAGGUUCAAGAAUAAGGUGUUGCUGAUUGUUAAUGUUGCUUCUCAAUGUGGGUUGACAACAGCAAACUACACUGAAUUAUCUCAUAUCUAUGAGAAGUACAAAACUCAAGGGUUUGAGAUUCUUGCAUUUCCUUGCAAUCAAUUUGGUGCACAAGAACCUGGAUCAAAUUCUCAGAUAAAGCAGUUUGCCUGUACAAGAUUUAAAGCUGAAUUUCCUAUUUUUGACAAGGUUGAUGUCAAUGGACCUAAUACAGCCCCCAUCUAUAAAUUUCUGAAGUCCAGUGCUGGAGGAUUUUUGGGCGAUCUAGUCAAGUGGAAUUUUGAGAAGUUCUUAGUGGACAAGAAUGGCAAAGUUGUGGAGAGAUAUCCACCUACAACUUCACCGUUCCAGAUUGAGAAGGACAUCCAGAAACUCAUUGUGGCAUAAGUACUUCCGAGUCUUUCAAGCUAAUCUCCACGCGGAUUUGACAGAGCCCUCCAUCAUGAUCUCACCCACACCAAGCUGAUGCUUUCGCCCAGUUACUCGAUGGCGUUAGCAUGAAGGUGGGGAUAGAUUGUGCCCUUUGAUUUAUCAUGAUUCAUCUAAUGAUCAAGUAACCGCAAAGGUUUGUUUAGAUUUGAGUGUAUUUCAUCGGAAACUUGAGUUUUUUGUAUCUGAACUAAGAACUAUAUGUUCCAUGUAAAAUACCAGUUCGUAUUCAAACAC